GUCACCAGUCUGAUCACAUACCGUGGCCUGAGCAGACGUACUGGGGUGAAGGUCGACAACGAGCUCAGCAGUCCCUUUUUCAAGGGAAUAAACAAACGAGACCAUGAACCCAGGAGCGCUGUUCGGAGCAGCGGCCCUAGUGCUCGCGGUGACCCAAGUGGCCUCCCUAGCGACUCACACUCUCACCAUAAAGACGGAUGAUGCUCCUUACUCUGGGAGUACAAAUUCCUUGACCGUGGGGAUUUUUUCUGAUGAUUGUGACAUCAUCAAUGCGUGUGUGACAGAAACAGUAUCCGAACUCACGUCAAGUGGGACGGAGUAUGUUCGACAAUUCGAUGAUGAGGAUUUCGGUGAUCCUACGAGGCUCAAACUGAGAACUUCUGGGAGCAAUGGGCUGCGGAUCGAAUGGGUCAAUGUGCACAACGCUUACACUGGGCGACAGCGUCGAUUUUUCUGUCACGUACACGAGCUCGAGAAUUGUGUUUUGUCCACUGAUUCUAGCGAGGGUAGCCGGGAAAUCUACCUGGAUUUUGAGGAACCAAGUGCACACAGCCUAAAGAUAAAGACUGGUGAUCCUGAUUAUGCUGGGACUGAUGAUUCUCUGACCAUCGAAAUCUUUUCGGACGUUUGCAACGGUACCUGCGUGUCAACGACGGUGUCUAGGCUCACGGCACAGAGGACCGAGUAUGAUCGAUUCUUCUUCGCUCCUGAUUUCGGCGAUCCCACCAGGAUUCACAUUACAACGUCAGGGGCAGACAUUCUUAUAGUGGACUGGAUUAAUGUGUACAACGCCCACUCUGGGAAGCACUACCGUUUCUUCUGUCCCGAGUCCGGCUGUAUUUUCUCCAAGGAUCCCAGCGAAGGAGAAGACCAGAUCUCCUUAGAUUUUAACGGGACACACAGCCUCACCAUCAGGACGGAUGAUGCUACUAACUCCGGGAGCACCGAUCCUGUAAUCGUGGACAUCUUUUCUGACGGUUGCUACAAUGCGUGUGUGACAACAACAGUGUCCGGACUAACAGCAAAUGGGAAAAAGUACGACCGUACCUUCGCCGCUGAAGAUUUUGGUGACCCAACCAGGCUUGGACUUACAGCUACAGGGAGCAACUGGCUUCAGCUUGAAUGGAUUGACGUAUUCAAUGCCUAUAUUGGGCGAUUCUAUCGUUUCUUCUGUCCCACCGGUGGCUGUGACCUGUCCACUAAUUCUAACGAAGGAAGCCAGCAAAUCUCCUUGGAUUUUAAAGAGACGCACAUCCUCACCAUCAGGACGAACGAUUCUCAUGAGAACUCCGGGACCCCAGACCGCGUGACAGUGGAAAUCUUUUCGGACGCAUGUGAAGAUGCCUGCGUGACAACAGAAGCACUCGGACUGACGGCAGCGGGGAGAGAGUACGAUCGAACCUUUCUUGCCACCGAUUUCGGUGAUCCCACCAAGCUUGGAGUGUCCAUUUCUGGUAGCGACUGGUUCCAGUUUGACUGGAUCACCGUGUACAAUGCUAUUUCCGGGCAAAGCUACCGGUUUUACUGCCCCGGUUGCGACCUAUCCACUGAUGCAAGCGAGGGUAGCCGUGAACUUUUCCUGGAUUAUGACGAGUGUGCGGAAGGAAGGCAUAACUGCGACAUCCAUGCCACCUGUACCAACACAGACGGCAGUUUCAACUGCACCUGUGAUCCAGGGUACAGCGGAGACGGACUCACCUGCGCCGAAAUGACCACGACUGCAGCACAAACUACGGCAGCGACUACCGCUGCAGCACAAACUACGAUACCGACCACGACUGCAGCACAAACUACCACAGCGACCCCGACUGCAGCACAAACUACGAUACCGACCACGACUGCAGCACAAACUACGAUACCGACCACGACUGCGGCACAAACUACGACGGCAACCACGACUGCAGCUCCAACUACGAUGGCGACCACGACUGUAGCUCCAACUACGAUGGCGACCACGACUGUAGCUCCAACUACGAUGGCGACCACGACUGCAGCUCCAACUACGAUGGCGACCACGACUGCGGCACAAACUACAGCAAAAGAUGUUGAUGAAUGUGAAACUGGAACCGACAACUGCAGUCCUGACGCCUCUUGUACCAACAUCCCUGGCAGUUUUACCUGUGUUUGUAAUCCAGGCUACACCGGCGACGGUGUCACGUGUACUGAUGUCGAUGAAUGCGCCAGUAACAACGGCGGGUGUGAGGGAACUUGCACGAACAGCGUAGGAAAUUUCAGCUGCUCGUGUGGUGCCAGCCAUGUGUUGAAUAACGAUGGAUUUACCUGUGAUACUUGCUCCUCCGUCUACUCUGGACUCAGCACUGACGCUAAUUUCGGCGUCUACCAGAACCAAUGUUUCUGGUUCACCUCGGCAAGCGACCCGCAGCUAGACUACAUGUCGGCCAAGCAAGUGUGUCAGGAUCUGGGCGGCACCCUCGCCAUGAUCAAGGACCAGGCCACGGAAACGUUUAUCCUCAACCGUCUGAAGGCCAUCGGUCGACCCAAGAGGAGAUAUUGGAUUGGCCUUGACGACCUCAACUCGGAGAAAAUUUUCCGCUGGAACGACGGGACCCCUCUGGGAGAGUACCACAGGAUUCGGUCCAAUGACCCGCACAAGAGAAGGGACUGUGUGGCUCUGAGGCCCCGAAGGGUGCUUCGUUGGCCCAUCAGGAACUGCGGCUUCGCCUACCCGUACAUCUGCCAGUUGGGCACCAACGGCAGCAAGUAAGGCGUGUGGCGACGGCAGUGUCACACAUCUCUGUCACCUUCAUCAGAACAUCUGUAUCCGUUUGCAACCUUUGCUAAUCUGAUAAGAGAGUCACAGAUCAAAUUUAUAGAACACAUGAAAGGUCACCCAUGUUAGGUCACAUCGAUUUGAUUUCUUGGUUCUCUUCCACCCCCACCCCACGACCUCUCACUCUCUGUUUUUAUCUUGACCCCUUGACUUGACUUGACUUUAUUCAGAUCCAUCGAGAAUCAAGGAUGCAAACUAGCUUACCUUUGGUAAAAGCCGAAUGACUUUCACUGGACCAGAAAAGAUUGCAAAAAAAUUCCAUUUAUGUUUUUGUAGUUAAUUGGUGAAAAGUUAUCCAGACGGUACUUUUAUAGUUGCUUAAUGAUUUUAUAUGCCUUCGUCUGACAAAUUUGCUUCAUCCAGAAUUAAUAACUUAUCGAAAGGUUUUAAAUAUUUUUGUGGUGGUAGUUACAAUGUAAACAAAGUUGUUGAACUUCACAUCAACCAUUAUGGUUAUUGUAUCAUAAACAUACUGCGGUCACUUCAGAUCAUGUAACAGAUCCGGACAAUCAUUGCCUAAUUUACUAUAAGUGUAUGCAUAACGGUUUCUGAUGUGUCAUAGCAAAAUAAGCUUUCUUUGUAGUACAGUAUCCUUAUACUGUAAUGGGUUAUCGUCUAGUGUGGUAAACUUGAAUUUGCUGCUUGACUUUCAGCUCUGAUUACAAGACUCAGUGCAACUUUAACUCCGAUUCUCCAAAGCCCACAUCAAUGUAUUUUUUUCAAAUUAGCAUUUGUCACUUGAAUCAGUAAACUAAAAUUCAAAAUAAAACCUCUCUUCUAAAAGAGAUGAGCUAAGUGCAUUUUACAAAUAGUUGACACACUGUCCUGUAGCAAUGUUACUUAUUCUAAUGUUAAUUAUCUUUAGUCAUAGUUUGUUUGUUUGUUUAUUAAGCAAUCUCCAUUAGUGUUGACAUGAACCACUACUCUUCCUGGAGUCCUCUUCCAUAAAGUAGCAAUAACUUAUAACUUAUAACUACUAUUAGUCAUACUAGCACUUAUCAUCUACUAAUUACACAUUAUAUUACACGUUAAACAUCAAUCAAUAACAUCAUGUAACAACAUUGCAUCGUGAAAUGUUAACCUGCUGGUUUUCGGAGCGUAAAUGACACAAUCAAUCAAUAGCAUGAUUUAGAACCAACCAAUAGCAUCGUUUAGCAAUAUAUAUCAUAUACAUAAAUCAAUAACACAUUUAACAUGAAUCAAUAACAUCAUUAAUCGCAUUAUAUAAUCAAUUGCCUGAAAUUUUCAUAUGCUGGGUUUUGAAGCAUAGAAUGGGUGAUAAAGAAUUUGUUAAGAAAGACCACGCCGUUGCCGCCGUUGUUGCUGAACAAAGUCUUGCCAUCUUUUAAUUUCUAAGAUCAGAAAUCGCAACAUCUUGUCAUCGACAUUCAAUGAAGA